UCUCUUCUACGGACCUCAUGGACUCCAGCGGAGGGCCCGAUGUGGUCCCUUCUUUAGCUCCUGUUCCUGAUGAACUUGCUAAGAGGACUACAGGUACUGGCCCUCGAGUAGUGCACACGGCGGUCCAGGGGCGGUCAAGGCGGUCUUUGCAGCCGGUGCCCCUACACCUCACGUCCCCCACUCCACCCACCCACACCCCUCCCCGCGGGUCUUUGCACACCACGCACCAGCUGCAGAGGUUUUCACGAGCAUUAGCCGUCAGACGGAAAAGCGCAGUGAGCCCCGGACGAGGGAGGUAGCAGUUCAGACAGGAGGAGCGUCCCAAGAACACUGGCUCCCUCAGGAUCCGGCCCGGGGAACAGGGGCACGCACGCGCACGGCGACCUUCUCCAAUCGAGUUACUAAGGUCAUAUUCUGGAGCUCCUUGGCAGAAUGACCAGCCCAAUUCCCUUGCCUGAGACUAGUGUGGACCUUCAUGCCAUUGGCCUGGACUCCCAGAGCAAUCAGCAUUGCCAUGCCCAGCAGGGGCUCAGCAGCCCCUAUGACGCUCAGAAGGAGAGGGCCCGGCGACAGUUGUACUUAGCAUCCUCCAUCUGUCUUGUCUUCAUAAUUGGAGAGGUUGUGGGGGGUUACCUGGCCCACAGCUUGGCAGUCAUGACGGAUGCAGCUCACCUGCUUACUGACUUUGCCAGCAUGCUCAUCAGUCUCUUCUCUCUCUGGAUGUCCUCCCGGCCAGCAACCAAGACCAUGAAUUAUGGCUGGCAUCGAGCAGAGAUCUUGGGAGCCCUGCUGUCAGUGCUGUCCAUCUGGGUGGUGACUGGGGUCCUAGUAUACCUGGCUGUGCAGCGUCUGAUCUCUGGAGACUAUGAGAUUGAAGGUGGGGCUAUGCUCAUCACUUCAGGCUGUGCUGUGGCAGUGAAUAUCAUAAUGGGAUUUACUCUUCACCAGUCUGGUCAUGGCCAUGGCCAUGGCCAUGGCCAUGGACACAAUCAUGGGACCAGUUCAAAGGAGGAAGAGCAGAACCCUAGUGUCCGAGCAGCUUUUAUCCAUGUGGUUGGGGAUCUCCUACAGAGCUUGGGGGUCCUCGUGGCUGCCCUCAUCCUAUACUAUAAGCCUGAAUACAAGUAUGUGGACCCCAUCUGUACCUUCCUCUUCUCUAUUCUAGUCCUGGGCACCACUCUGACGAUCUUAAGGGAUGUGGUUCUCAUGCUGAUGGAAGCAACCCCCAAGGGGGUGGAUUUCACCGCAGUCCGAGACCUGCUCCUCUCUGUGGAAGGAGUGGCAGCCCUGCACAGCCUGCACAUCUGGGCUCUGACUGUGGCCCAGCCGGUGCUUUCUGUCCACAUCGCCAUUGCCCAGGAGGCAGAUGCUCAGAUGGUGCUGAAGGAGGCCAGAGCCCGGCUGCAGGGGAUGUUUCAUUUCCACACCACCACCAUCCAGAUAGAGGAUUAUUCAGAGGACAUGAAAGACUGUCAGGAAUGCCAAGGCCCCUCUGACUGAGCCUUGCCCCUGCCCUGAGCUGCUGCCUAUCCCAGGGCCACCUGGAAUGUCAGUGAUGAGAAGAGUAUGGGACUGAGGGUCGAGAAGAAGAGGGCACCAUGUUUCCUGCUUCUCUCAGACCCCUAAAGCCCCCCACUAGGACUCGGCCUAUUCCCACAUUCCCUUUUGUAUAUAAAUCCAGCCACUCCAGGCCUUCUCCCCUUUUCGGGCCCCUAGACUCUGAUGGGUUUGUUUUCCAAGCUGAGGCAGCCCCUCACUCAGGACCCCCUCUGCCGACGGUGGCCCUGCUCAGCUCCCUUGGCCCAUGGUCAGGGCUCUGGAUAAUUUAUAAUACAUGACGACCUCUUUCUUCCACUUACAA